AUGCUAAUUCAUGAUUUUCAAGCUGUUGGUGAUGGAACCACUACAGUAGUUCUGCUUGCAGGAGAAUUUCUGAAGGAAGCCAAGCCUUUUAUAGAGGAUGGCGUCCACCCACAAAAUUUGAUACGGAGUUAUCGGACUGCAUGCUAUUUGGCACUGGAGAAGGUCAAAGAACUGGCUGUUAGCAUAGAGGGAAAAAGCCUAGAAGAAAAGAAAAGCUUACUUGCUAAAUGUGCUACUACAACACUCUCUUCAAAACUCAUUGGUGGGGAAAAGGAGUUUUUUGCAUCAAUGGUUGUUGAUGCUGUCAUUGCAAUUGGGUAUGAAGAUAGGCUGAAUAUGAUUGGAAUAAAGAAGGUUCCUGGUGGUAACAUGCGUGAUUCCUUUCUGGUAAAUGGUGUUGCCUUUAAAAAGACAUUUUCAUAUGCGGGUUUUGAGCAGCAGCCAAAGAAAUUUGUAAAUCCCAAGAUACUUCUGCUAAACAUUGAAUUGGAACUGAAAUCUGAGAAAGAAAAUGCGGAAAUAAGACUUUCAGAUCCAUCGCAGUACCAGUCAAUUGUUGAUGCAGAAUGGAAUAUUAUAUAUGACAAGUUGGAUAAAUGUGUACAGAGUGGGGCUAAGGUUGUUCUUUCGCGGCUGGCUAUUGGUGAUCUUGCCACACAGUAUUUUGCAGAUCGAGAUAUUUUCUGUGCCGGUCGUGUAACAGAAGAAGAUUUGCAACGGGUUGCUGCUGCGACUGGUGGAACUGUACAAACAUCUGUCAACAACAUUAUUGAUGAGGUUCUUGGAACAUGUGAGCUUUUUGAGGAAAGCCAAGUCGGAAAUGAGAGGUUUAAUAUAUUCUGUGGGUGUCCGUCGGGCCAUACAGCCACCAUAGUUCUGCGCGGUGGAGCUGAUCAGUUUAUUGAGGAAGCUGAGCGGAGUUUACACGACGCAAUAAUGAUUGUUCGGAGGGCUAUGAAGAACUCCACUGUAGUUGCUGGGGGUGGUGCGAUCGAUAUGGAGUUAAGUCGAUAUCUUAGACAGCAUGCUCGCACAAUAGCUGGGAAAUCUCAACUUUUUAUCAACUCUUAUGCUAAAGCUCUUGAGGUUAUUCCACGGCAGUUAUGUGAUAAUGCUGGAUUUGAUGCAACGGAUGUACUGAACAAAUUAAGACAGAAACAUGCACUUCAAUCUGGUGAAGGUGCAAAUUAUGGUGUGGAUAUCAAUACUGGUGGAAUUGCCGAUUCAUUUGCUAAUUUUGUCUGGGAGCCAGCAGUUGUGAAGAUUAAUGCUAUUAAUGCUGCUACCGAGGCUGCCUGCCUUAUUUUAAGCGUAGAUGAGACGGUAAAAAACCCAAAGGGUGGCAGCAGUGUGGAGGAGGUUGGCAGUGGGGCUAUCCCGUGGUGGUGCAGCGACUGUGUGGUUUCCGAAACUAGAAGGAGCUUCACCGAGUGCGGCGGAUUUGCGGCGGAUUUUGCAUGGAACAAUGGUUCACAGUUAGGUUAUGGUGCAGUAGGAGGGCUGCUGGACGUGCUAUAG